AUGAGCAGGGAGGGAACUGGCCGCGCGAGCGUCGGGCCGGCUUGGCGUCGCUCGGCCCAGAAAAUGAAUCAUCACUUGCAUCUCGCCGCCUUGCCCGCCACGAGAUCGCAUGGUAGGUGGUCUCUCGCACCGGCGCAGCAACUGUCCCUCACCAUUCACCUGACCCCAAUCCCCUCCUCCAUCUCCUCCAUCUCUCUCUCUUUCCCUCCCUUCCUCUUCCCUUUCACCCCCUCCCCCACCAUGUCAACACUGCUCCGCCGAUCGGGUCAGCUAGCACGAAUCUCGAGACCGUUAAGCGGCGCAACGCCCAGAGCAACACCACUCACAUUACGGAGACGAGUUCCCAUCCCACAAUGUAUAUAUGCGCAGCAACGGGUGCGGAGAUAUGCGACGAGUCCGCCUGAGGAGCCCAAGGACAACAAAAGGGACGAAGAGCAGGCCAAAAAAGAUGGCCAGGCAGACAAGCCCGCGGCCAACAACGAGGCCGAGGCUGGCGAGAAGAAGGCGGAACCCCAAAUGUCAAAACUGACGCUCGAGGAGGAGAAGAUGCUGGACCAAUUAACUCACUACGUGUCCAUGGGCGUGCCAAAGUCGCAGAGGGCGGCCAUCAAGGAGGUCAUGGACGAGUUCAAGAAGACGGGCCUUCCCCCAGACAUGCGAGCGGAGAUGGAGCGGCUGAAGAAGGGUGAAAAACUGGAUCUGGCGACAAUAGCCAGGAUAUCGCGAAUAGCUAAUCAUAUGGCUCGCGUGGCAACCGAGCAGAGUCGCUUCAAAACGGAUGGCCAGCAGCCACAGCAGAAGGCGGGCGCCCACGACCCCGGCCCACAGCAGCAGGGGAAGAAUUCCAAGGGUGCAGACGCUGGCUCAGGGCCCGGCAUGGGCGGCCCCAAUGGCAUGGACACGAACACACUCAUCGUCACUGCUAUCCUCUCCUAUCUCACCUACAAGAUGCUAUACCCCGGCGAGAACACAAAGGAAAUCACAUGGCAAGAGUUCCGCACGACUUUCUUGGACAAGGGACUGGUCGAGAAGAUUGUCAUCCUGAACGGUAGCAAGGCAAAAGUAUAUCUACACCGUGAGGCCGUCGCAGCCAUGUACCCAGACUCGCCCUCGGUCAACCAGAAUUUCUACUACUACUUCACUAUUGGUUCUGUGGAAGCUUUUGAGAGAAAGAUGGAUGACGCCCAGUACGAGUUGGAAGUGCCCAGCUCAGAGCGCAUUCCAGUUGCCUAUUCGAGUGAAAUCUCCUGGUUUGGCACCUUCCUGUCCUUCGGUCCCACAAUCCUCCUACUUGGUUCCCUGUUCUAUUUCACACGACGUGCUGGAGGCGGCGCUGGCGGCGGUGCUGGCGGUGGUAUCUUCGGUAUGGGCAAGAGCCGCGCGAAGAAGUUCAACCACGAGACGGAUGUCAAGGUCAAAUUCUCCGAUGUUGCUGGCAUGGAUGAGGCUAAGCUGGAAAUCAUGGAAUUCGUUUCUUUCCUCAAAGACCCGACUCGCUUCCAGAAGCUCGGUGCCAAGAUCCCACGUGGUGCUAUUCUCUCUGGCUCUCCCGGUACCGGUAAGACGCUCCUUGCCAAGGCUACUGCCGGAGAAUCGGGCGUACCUUUCUUCACUGUCAGUGGCUCCGAGUUUGUCGAAAUGUUUGUCGGUGUCCGUGCUUCCCGUGUACGAGACUUGUUCGCCAAUGCUCGCAAGAGCGCUCCCUGUAUCAUCUUUAUCGAUGAAAUCCACGCUAUUGGCCGCGCGCGUUCAAAGCAGAACUUUGGAGGCGGCAAUGAUGAACGUGAGGCAACUCUCAACCAGAUCUUGACGGAAAUGGACGGCUUCAACACUACAGAACAGGUUGUUGUUCUUGCUGGCACAAAUCGACCGGAUGUUUUGGACAAGGCUCUCAUGCGACCCGGACGAUUCGACAGGCAUAUCAGCAUCGACAAGCCUACCAUGGACGGUCGUGGCCAGAUCUUUGGCGUUCAUCUCAAGAAGAUCAUCACCAACGAGGAUAUCGAGUUUUUGAAGGGACGACUGGCAGCAUUGACGCCUGGAUUUUCUGGUGCAGAUAUUGCUAACUGUGUUAACGAAGCUGCUUUGAUUGCUGCUCGUCACAACGCGGAAACCGUAACAAUGGUCCACUUCGAACAAGCCAUUGAGCGUGUCAUUGGUGGUCUCGAAAAGAAGUCUCUCGUCCUCAAGCCAGAAGAGAAGAAAACCGUAGCGUACCACGAGGCCGGUCACGCAAUCUGCGGUUGGUACUUCAAAUACGCCGACCCCCUCCUCAAAGUCUCCAUCAUUCCUCGCGGCCAAGGCGCUCUCGGAUAUGCCCAGUACCUCCCCAACGGCGAUACCUAUCUCAUGAACGUCAACCAGCUCAUGGACCGCAUGGCAAUGACACUUGGCGGUCGCGUCUCUGAGGAACUCCACUUUGACACUGUCACAUCGGGCGCCUCUGACGAUUUCCGCAAAGUCACGCAAAUGGCCACUGCCAUGAUCACCAAAUGGGGCAUGAGCAAGAAGAUUGGUUACAUCUACUUUGAAGAUGGCGAGGGCCAACAACUCACGAAGCCCUUUUCCGAAGAAACCGCGAAAAACAUCGACGAAGAAGUCAAACGCGUCGUCGACGAAGCCUACAAGCAAUGCAAAGACCUACUGACCGAGAAGAAGCACGAAGUCGGCCUUGUUGCCGAGGAGCUGCUGAAGAAGGAAAUGCUAGGCCGCGAAGAUAUGAUUAGAUUACUGGGACCCAGACCUUUUGAAGACCCCGCCGAUUUCCACAAGUACUUCUCUGGCGAGCAUGGGAAGGCGCCAGGCUUGAUGGAGCCAAAAGGGGAUGAUGGUGUCAAGGGCCCAUUGGUUCCACCGCCUGCGCCGGCUGCAUUCAAGGAGCUGGAGAGGUGA